AGGUAAUGUUCCAUGGAAAAACAGAACACGAUGGAAGAGGAUGUAGUAGAUAUCAUGGAUACGGAGGUACCAGAUAUUGUAGAAGAAAAUAUGGAAGAUGAUAGUGAAGAAAUGGAAAACAAUAAGGCACCUUUAGUAUGGACAAAGGAUAUACGACCACUCAAGGAAGAUGAAGUGCUUGAAGUGUCACCGGGGUGCUACGAUAUGUUGCAUACAAUUACAGUUGAUUGGCCAUGCCUUUCAUUUGACGUUUUUGCCGAUGAAUUGGGAGCUUGUAGAGUACAGUUCCCGCAUACCUGCUAUGUUAUAGCAGGAACACAACCUGAUGGAAACUCUAAGAAAGAAGCGGCAAUACACCUCAUGAAGUGGUCUAACCUAUCAAACAAUGAGGCCAUGGACUUGACGGACGAUGAAAGCGAUGAAGAGUCUGAAGCAGUACUCAAAUGCAGCAGCAUACGACACCCAGGAAUUGUAAAUCGCAUCAGAUGCUGCCCCCAGUCGAACAGGCUUGUUUGUACAAUGGCAGAUACUGGAAAAGUACAUAUAUGGGAUGUAGAUGACCAAAAAAGAAGGUUGGACGAUAAAGGAAACGAGAAUUAUAUGGAAAAGGGGAAACCCAUAUAUACCUGUAGUGCCCAUAAAACCGAGGGAUACGCCGUUGGAUGGAGCCAUGUUAACACCGGAGCCCUGGCUACAGGAGAUUGCAAUGGCGUUAUAGUACUCUGGAACCCAGUGGAAGCUAACUGGAAUAAUGUGGAAUAUUUUAAAGCAGCACAGUCAGUAGAAGAUAUCCAGUGGAGCCCAAAGGAUGAUCAUAUAUUUGCAUCUGCAUGCUGCGAUGGAUAUGUAAGAUUACACGAUACAAGGACACCAAAGAACCCAGUAGCAUCAAUUGUAGUAUGCGAUGGCGAAAUCAAAGAUGUAAACUCUAUAGCGUGGAACCAUAACCAGAAUAACCUGUUGGCCACAGGUGAUGAUACAGGGGCUGGAACUAUAUUCGAUCUAAGAUUCCCAGAAGAACAUGUAGCCAAACUGAUUUGGCAUAAAGAACCCAUCACGAGUAUCGCAUGGCAUCCAACCGAUCCAGCAGUGUGUAUCGCAAGCUCAAGAGAUGACUCAGUGUCCAUAUGGGACAUGUCAGUAGAAAGUGAAUCCGUAGACGAAUUACAGGAAUCAGAACAAAAAAUACCGCAACAACUCAUGUUCCUCCAUAUGGGUCAAACCGAAAUAACAGAAGUCAUGUUCCACAAACAAAUACCAGGAGUGGCAAUCACAACGUCAGUGGACGGGUUCAACAUAUUCAAGUGCAUAAACAUCGAUUAAUAAUCUUU